GUUUCUAUUCCGGAGACGAACAGAACAAAACCUAUGCACUUCAUUUAAAAGCCAAAACAGAAUCAGAUGAUGCUACUUCCUCAUCCACUGCUCAGAGAAGAACAAGAAGGCUUCUUGAUACAAAAUGCAAAUUGAUUUGCGAGACUAUCAGUGGGAGGUGGUGCAACCUGCCCUCGAGGGGAAAAAUAUUAUAAUUUGGCUACCGACAGGUGCAGGCAAGACACGGGCAGCUGUGUUUGUUGCCAGGCACCAUCUGGACCAAAAAAAAGGUCAAGGCAAAGUGGUUGUCCUUGUAAACAAGGUGCCUCUGGUGAAUCAACACUAUGAUAAUGAGUUUAUGCCAUUCCUAACGCCCAAGUAUAAUGUGGUACCCGUCAGCGGUGAUACGGAGCUUAAAGAGCAAUUUGCAAACAUUGUGCGGAAGAAUGAUGUUAUCAUCUGCACGGCACAGAUCCUGCAAAAUGCACUGAAUAGCACAGAGGAAGAGAAGUACAUUCAGCUGACAGAGUUUUCUCUGAUGAUUAUUGAUGAGUGCCACCACACUCAGAAGGAUGGAGUAUAUAAUAAAAUCAUGAACCAGUACAUUGAGGUCAAGCAUCAGAACAGAAAGAAGGUACCACAAAUCCUUGGACUCACGGCAUCACCUGGAACCGAUGGAGCCAAUACAUCUAGCAGCGCAGUGGACCAUAUCAUGCAGAUCUGCGCCAAUAUGGAUGCUGAGAUGAUUAAAUCACCCACACAGUGGAAGCAACAGCUUGAAAAAAUUGUUCCUCAGCCUAUUAAAAACUAUGAUGUUACUGAAGAAAGAAAACAGGACCCUUUUGGACAACAAAUUAAAAUGAUGAUGACAAAAAUCCAUUCCCAACUAGAUGAUUCUUCUAUCACGAGGAGGUUUGGGUCACAGAUUUACGAACAAGCUGUGGUAGAGCUGGAAAAAACAGGUGCCAUAGAAUCCAGCAGAUUAAAGCGUGUCUGCGCACUUCACCUCCGGAAGUACAAUGAUUCUCUUCUGAUCAAUGACACGGUGCAAAUGAUCGACGCAUUUCAAUACCUGGAGGAAUUCUACGACAGUGAAAAACGCACAAAGACUGUCCUGGAUCAAACAGAUCGAUUCCUGUCCAGGCUGUUUAGUGAAAAUCAAGACGAGUUACUCUUAAUUGCACUCAAAAAAGAGUAUGAGAACCCAAAGCUGGACACAUUGGCGAACAUACUCCAUGAUCGGUUUGUGGUCCCAAACUCCCAAGGAAUUAUCUUCACAAAAACGCGGCAGAGCGCACAUGCCUUGUACGGCUGGAUUAAGAACUGUGAGGAGUUGAAGAAAGCUGACAUCAGAGCAAAAUGUUUAACCGGGGCUGGAGCCAGUAGCCAGACCAAACACAUGACUCAGGUAGAGCAACUGAAUGUAAUUCAGAGUUUCCGAUGUGGUGAUAUCAACCUCCUCAUUGCUACCAGUGUAGCAGAAGAAGGGCUCGACAUUAAAAAAUGCAACGUGGUCAUCCGCUAUGGACUCAUCACCAAUGAGAUUGCAAUGAUGCAGGCCAGAGGGCGAGCCAGAGCAGAAAACAGCGUUUAUUCAGUUGUCGCUGAACAAGGAGGGAAAGAGAUGCAACGGGAAUUUGUAAACGAAUUCCGUGAGGGUCUUAUGGAACGUGCAAUAGAGGAAGUACAAAAAAUGCCUCCACGUGACUAUCGAAUUAAGAUUCGGGAGCUGCAAUUAGAAGACAUAAUCGCGCGGAAGGUGAAGGAUCAGAUGCAAAUGACCAAGAAGAGGGCAAACCGUCCGGAAAAUCUGAGGUUUUACUGUCGGAACUGCAAUGAGGCUGUGUUCCACGCCAGUGACCUCCGGGUCAUCGAGGGCAUGCACCAUGUUAAUGUGAAUCCAGACUUCAAACUUUACUACAAAGUAUCCGGUAAGAUAAACCUGCCAAGAAAAUUUGAAGACUGGGAACCUGGUGGCACAGUGGCGUGUCGCAAGUGCGGUCAGGCCUGGGGAAUGCAGAUCAUCUUCAAGAGUGCGCCCAUUCCCGGUUUGAAGAUCACAAAUUUUGUAGUUGAGGUGGGAGAAGAAAGAAGACCCUUCAAGAAAUGGAAAAGUGUCCCUUGUGUGAUAAAGGAGUUCAACUACAUUGAAUAUUGUCAAGAGAACAUUCUAGGUCUCUGAAUGAGUGCAAAAAAAUCUUAAAUUAUGAAAUGUAAUCCUCAAUGAAGCUGUCAUCCAUUGAUCUUGUAGUCUGGGGAUUGAAAUUAAUUUACAUUCUCGAGUUUGCGAUCAUGAGAAACAUUCUAUAAAUUACAAUAUAUAUAAUGAUUUUAGAUGAUAAUAUGAUUCUUCAGGUUCUUCCAUCCCAAGAUAGACACAAAAAGCUGGAGUAACUCAGCGGGACAGGCAGCAUCCCUGCAGAGUAGGAAUGGAUCCUCCAGUUACUCCAGCCUUUUGUGUCUAUCUUUGUUUUAAACCAGCAUCUGCACUUCCUUCCUGCAUAUUUCCUCUUUCCCAAUACGAGUUGGGGAAGUGAGACUUGCAUUAACCUAUUACUGUAAUGGCUGCUUUGUGGGAAUUUCUUUAUCUGUAACUAAUUCAUUGUUUAAUUCAAAGCAAAGUUUAAAACUACUUCUCUUAUC